CGCAGGGGCUACAUUGUUUUGUGCAGACAUGGGUGCUAAACUUGUAGUUUUCCAAAUCAAGGAGAAGAUGAUUCAAGUGGGUGAUAAUUACGCUGCAGAAUAUAUAAGCGCUGCACUUGGACAUCUACUUCACUUCUGGGUUGGUUGUACGGAUGCUGACGUAGAGGGCUUAUUUGAAUGUGAAGACGGUACGCAGCUAUCCCUAUCCAGUAAACUGUGGAAUAGUAAGCAAGGCUAUCCGAGGAGUUCUGUUGGAGGGAAUGGCGUUGAGGACUGUGUUUACUAUUUACCGCACACCUACCGCUUGGAGGAUACUGAUUGCCAAAACGCAUCGGCCGUCGCUCUCUGUGAAGUUGAUCCUCUGUCUGAACCUCCGACCGCAGCAACCAAUGCUUAUCCUACCACUCAAGGGGCUACAACAUCAACCACACCAGGCCAAACAACCAAAGAUCCUACACAGCCAACCACGCAAGGUCCAGCAACUCAAACCACCACAAUGGCCUCCAUAAUGCAAAAUGUGGUCACGGAUUUGGAACAGGAUGGAACCACCACUGCAGAUGAAAUUUCCAGCAGAACUACCAACGAUGCUACCACCAAAGCAACUCCACUUCGCAAGAUCAGCAAAUCCAACGUGUUCCUCCCAGGCAAAGACAACAGUGGACGCAGUCUGAUUGGCUACUGUCUAACUGGUCACGUGAUGGAGACUGUGCGAAUGGUGAGCCAGUUACAAUGCGCUAUGAUGUGUGCUGACAUCGUUGGGUGCCAGUCUUUCAACUACAUUCAAGGCGGUGUUUGCGAGCUGAAUUUCGCACUGGAGGAGGGUGCACAUGCUCGCUUUUUCAGCCGAUCUGACGGGUGCACUUAUUUUGGACGUGCUUGAUUUUUCAGCACGAAGAAGCCCCAAGAUCACCAUACAUAGAUUACAUUUUAAGUCAAAAUAUAGGCAUAUGAGGAGCGAUGUUUAUCGCGAUGUGAACUGGGUUUCAAUAAAAAAGGGAAGUUUAUCACACACAUUCCACCAGAUAUAUUGAUUAUGAAUAUUUGUAAUAUUAUCACUUCUAAAUUCAGUGUUAUCCGUUGAUGAAUUUUCUACAUAGUCGCAUUUUGUUUACCCUUUAGUUGCCUUCAGGAGAAACAA